CACGACUGCUCAAGGUGCAAAACGAACAGGAUCGAACUACGCUCAGCUGUGCAAGCGUUGCGAGCUGUCAACGUACAUACACGAAAAGACAAAUAAUUAUUAAAAAAGAAGCCGCGGUUUAUGCGGUUCGAUAAUCGCGCUGUAUCCUUUGCUUGUCUCUUGUCAACGGCACCAUGACAGAUGCGAGGAGCUUGACAGAAGCCAUCGAGCAGUACGAGACUCAGCUAUCACAAGUGGACACGACACUGUCCGCGACACCAAAGGGUCCUGACAGAGACAAUCUGCUCAGUCUAAAGUCCGACAUCGAGGAGCUCAUUUCACUGACCAGGGAAAGUCUGCGAAGCCUUGAGGGAAACGAGGACAAGAAAAACGACGACGAGGAAUUUGACGAGGAGGAGGACCCACUGGACAAGGAAUAUGCCUUGUUCAAGGCAGAGCUGGAAAAGCCGUCGGAUGAGAGCACAAGACAGGAGGAUACAGCUGAUGUAGCUUCCAGUGGCAUCGAAGACGAAUUGAAGGAGCUAGAGGGCAUGAAAUGCAAGGCCCCUUAUGGCGGUACCUGGGGAGGUAUUGGCUACCAUAACGCCAUGAUAUGCUCCGUUUAUAGAAACGAUGACGAAGACAUUAAGGACAUUCACGAUAUUAAGGCAAGUAGGACUGCCGAUCGAUUGUCGAUAUCGAUGCGCGAUACGUAUUUUCAGUCUGCUCGCUUUUUUCUCCGAUUAUUAAAUUUGACCGUUAAUCAGGUUCGGGUGUUCUUUCUCAAUCCGACGCACAGGGAGAUGAUCCCGUGCUCGUAUUUCCUCGACGGCAGUUGCAAGUUCACCGACGAGAACUGCCACUACUCGCACGGCGAGAUCGUGUCGUUCUCGAGUCUACGGGAGUACAAGGCGCCCGAUUUCUCCAGCAUCAAGAUGGGCAGCAGGAUUCUGGCAAAGCGGAAGAACAACACGUGGCACAGAUCCGUCGUUUUGAAGUUGCCGGAGAAGGAGGGGGACGAGUGCAGGGUGAAGUUCGAAGCGAGCGGCGAAAUUAUCGAGGCAGACCUGCAGAAUCUCUUGCCGCUCAAUGACACGGACCUGGAGAUGUCGGACACGUCUGACGACAGCGAGGACGACGACGACGACGAUUCCAAACCCAACUCACCGUCGCACUCGGAGGAGCACGAAAAGUCGGCUCACAGAUCCCUGCUGACGCUGCAAUCCGGCGAGCCUCUGGGAAAUUGGGAGAAGCAUACACGUGGCAUUGGUAGCAAGUUAAUGAUGCAGAUGGGUUACGUGAUGGGCACCGGCCUCGGCAAACUCGCUGACGGCAGGGUAGAGCCAGUCGAGGCCACGGUUCUACCGGCAGGGAAGUCACUAGAUCACUGUAUGCAACUGCGCGAAUUUGUCGGUGACGACGAAGAUCUGGUCUCCGCGGAGCGGAAGAUGCGCAAACAACAGCAGAAGGCAGCGAAGCAACAACGAAAGUUGGAGCAGCAAAGGGAGAGGCAAUACCUGAGGGAUAAAGAGAGGGAGAACAGCAACGUGUUUAACUUCAUAAAUAAAACAUUGGGCGACAAGCCUAAGGACGAUAACGAGGCUGGCAGUUCGCGGAAGAAGAAGAGACUCAAGACCGAGUCGAAUAGAAAUCUGAACGUAGCGAACUUUCAAGUUGGCGAGGACAUAAGUCGGCUGGAGAGGCAGUCGUGCAAGCUGAAGGAAUCGCUGGCGAGGCACGUUGAGGGCAGCGCUCUUUACAACAGCAUCGCGAUGAAGUACAGGGAGACGCAGAGGGAGCUGACGGAUCUGAGGGCUUCCGAGAAGAGCAUCGUCGCCGAGCAGAAUCAAAGGAAGAGCAACGCUAAACUGACUGUAUUUUGAUAUUCCACGGUAGAGCACACUAUGGAACGUCGAUAGACUAGAGAUGCGCGUUACGUCUGUACAUAAAAUCGAUCUAAAUAAAAUGUUUUACUAAUA